UCAGUGCCAGCCGAUCGGUCGGUAGAAAAAAAGAAGCGCGUCGCGAGCCGAAAAAAUCGAACAUACAGAAAGUGCCAGUGUGCCAGUGCAUAGACUGUAAAGAAAAACAAAAAUGAAAGCUUUCAUUAUCGCCGGGGUGUGUGUGUUGAGCGUGCUGAGUCUGGGAUCUGCUCAGUUUCAGAACGGACGCCUGGAACCACCAAACCCGCAACUCUGUGCCCAGCGUGUCAUUCACGAGAAGACUCCCGACGGCAAGGGUUACUUCUUCUCGUGGCGCGAUCCUCAGCUGAAGGGCGUGGAGGAGGAUUGGCUGACGGCCAGGAACUAUUGCCGCAGGCGGUGCAUGGACUCCGUUUCCCUGGAGACCAGCCUGGAGAAUGAGUGGAUCAAGCAGUUCGUCGUGCGCGAGAAUGUGAAAUACAUCUGGACCAGCGGCCGCGUGUGCGACUUCAAGGGCUGCGACCGCCCCGACCUGCAGCCCACGAACAUUAACGGCUGGUUCUGGACCGCCACCCUGCAGAAACUGGCCCCCACCACGGAGCGCUCCCAGGGCGACUGGUCGCCCACCGGCGGAAUCGGCCUGCCCCAGCCGGAUAACCGCGAGUUCAAGCAGAACGGUGCGGUGGAGAGCUGUGUGGCCCUGCUGAACCAGUUCUACAACGACGGAGUCAACUGGCACGACGUUGCCUGCCAUCACAAGAAAUCGUUUGUUUGCGAGGAGAACGACGCCCUGCUGAAGUACGUGCGCUACACGAACCCCAAUCUGCGCAUCUAAGUGGAUUGGGAUGAGGAUGAGGAUGAGGACGAGGGCUGGCGGAAGGACCAGCGACUCGCCAACUAAAACCAAAAAUGAUAUUCUCUUAAACGACAGCGGUGAACGAUGAUCGAAGUUUGCUAGCUGCCCUCCGAUUGUCUAUAAAAGCGAACAGUUUUCUGGCUAAAUUGCUGCAUGACAUAUGAUCCUUUUCCUGGUAACAACCUUCAAAUUCUCUGUGCUCUAUUCUGUCUCAUCAACUAGUUUAAUUUUUAAUUUUGUAUUAAUUUAUGAUUUCUUUAAUUAUAAUAAAACAUUCGAAACGACUUUCAAAAGAAA